AUGCCUAUGGCGGGCCUUGAAACGCUUGUUGCACUCUUGUGGGGAUAUGCGGGAGGAGAAUGGAAGGGGAGGAGUAUGGAGGGAGAGGAGAAUGAGAGGGAUUGCCUGCGUCAUGGCUUGGCAGACCCUGAAUCCACGUCCACCCCUUCCACACCCAACCCGGCAACACCAAUCGAGCUUCGAUCAACACAUGCCACACGACUCCAUGCCCACCGACGAGCGCUCACCUUUUCUUCUGCUCCAAUGCACCCGGCCGCGUCCCUAAUAGUCGAAAAGAUCGUCAGAUACCACCAGCUAUUCAUACCGCUGCCCUUUAGCAUCCUUGCGACUGUCGCAAAUGUUCACACGCCCGCACAGCACUCGCUGCUCAUAGCAACCGUCUCGUGGGCGCUCAUAUGGGUUCCGACUAUAUUCCUCGCGGGGCUCUGGUCACACACUGGCGGUAAGAGGAGGACACAGGGCUGGCUUGCGGGCGUAUUCCUGGCCCUCUCCCUGAUAUGCGAGAGAGCUACUUGCGACAAGCAGGGCGUCUGGGCGACAAAGGGCCUCCUCCCGCUCUUUGCCGUCCUCAUCUCCGAAUAUGAGCAGUUCUCGAAACACAUUACAUUACCGUCCUACUCUCCCUUCGACGAGUCGGCGCCUUCCUCAAGCAUCUCUCCCGAGCCGCGGUCGCAUCAUGGGUCCCACCAGAUAUUGGCUGUCCUGACGGUGUGUGCGAGCGCGGUGCUUGCCCUCUACACCACGGCCCCAACCUCUGUUCUGGGCAUCAGCAGCGCCAUGUUCGCAGGUACUGGUCUGGUUCUUUUCGGAGAAGCCGUGACUGGCGCAAGGGACGACAUUGCAGGCGGCAAUCGUGGUUUGGUGUCCGCAAAUGGGACCUUGUCUCGCCGAAGCUCCGUGAGUGGAAGCCGGAAUGAGCAACGCGUGGCUGCGCUGAGAGAUGUCGCGGCUGCCAUGACUAUCGCAUGCGGCGUUGCGGCGUUUCUGAUGGAGCCCACCAGAACACAUGUGUCUUGGAAACCUGUGCAUUACUAUCACACUCUGCAACGCGUGCUGUGGAUGAUUCUUGCAAACGUUGUUGUGAAUGUCUUGAUCUUUCUCAUACUUUCUCAGCAAGGGGCAGUGCACGUCUCCCUGUUGACUCUCUUUUCGUAUCUAUGCGCAAAGCUAGUCUUUGCAACCUCAUUUUCCGGCGUUUGGUUCACCAUAAUAUACGGGUCGUCGGCGUUGAUAUACCUGUCUGGCUCUUCAUCUACGUCGUUUGUCGACAUUCGCAGUUCCAUACGGUUUAGACGCAUGAUGGUUGGAAUUACGUUGCUUUCAACCACCCUUCUACUCUUACGAAAUGCAUCCGGCAUGCAUCAUGAAAUCCCACCAAGAAUCACUUCUCCCUUCACCGUCAUCCCUCCCGCGACGCCGCUCCAGCCCAUGUCGCUCAACAUGAGUCUCGGACAUCCGGCUGCUCAAUUGAUCAAUGCGGCGGAGGACAAAUUUGAGAGAAUGCUGAAUCGUCAGUCAAAAUCUUUGGCUGAUGCCGUCCGUGAGUACCGCCGCAGACACGGUGUGGCACCACCUCCCCACUUUGACAAGUGGUAUGAGUUUGCUGUUCGCAACGACGUUGUCAUGAUCGACGAGUACGACACCAUUGUAGAGAUGCUAGUUCCGUUUUGGGCCGUUGCGCCAGCAACAAUUCGAUCGCGCAUCACAAAGGCUAUAGGCCAUGACGACAGCGCCUUGAUUGGGGUGGCGAUACGCGAUGGCGAGAUUGUCAAGAUUGAGAAUGGCCAAGACUGGGAACAGAGGGCGGCCGCUGGCAUGAUGGAGAAGUUCGUGCAGUACCUCCCGGACAUGGAUCUUGGUUUCAAUAUCCACGACGAGCCUCGAGUCGUGGUCCCCAACGACUUGCUGUCGGCGAUGAUUGCAAAGGCGCGAGAUGAGGUUCUUCCGCGUGCUACCAAGAACAAAACGCCACGAAAUGCCUUCUCGGGACGACCCGCUGAGAUGAAUGAUGGGAAGCGUUUUACCGAGAUGAGCACAUCCAAGUUCAACAGAUUCGCCCACCAGCAGACCUGGACGCACUCGCGGUUCUCAUGUCCUUCAGACAGCCAGGCCCAAACAUUCGAGGACUAUGCCGCAGAUAAUCUCACCAUGUACGCCGCCGGCCCGCUCAACUACAUCUACAACUCAACAGCCUUCUCCGACAUCUGCAACUCCCCGUCGCUCUCAUCGACAUUUGGCUUCUUCGAGCGCCCCAACGCGUUCAGCAUCACCCACGAGCUCACACCCAUCUUCUCCUCGUCCAAAAUCUCCAGCUUCCAAGACAUCCUCUACCCCAGCCCGUGGUACUGGAACGGCAACGUAGGCUACAACGAAGAGCGCGACACCGCAUGGGAGAAUAAGACAAACAGCCUCUACUGGCGCGGCUCCACAACAGGCGGGUUUAGUCGCAAUGGCGGCUGGAGACGCCAGCACCGCCAACACAUCGUCCGCCGCCUCAAUGCCCCGGAUAAAGCCCAGAUCCUCACCCCCACACAUACAGACCCAACAACCUACGCAGUAACAAACAUCACCCGCCGCGCCCUCGAGCACCUCAUCGACGUAAAAUUCAGCCACGUCGGCCAAUGCGACCCAGGGGACUGCGACGCACAGACGGAAUUCUUCGACGUGGUCGAGCGCGUCGACGGCCAGGACGCGUGGUUCUACAAGCACCUGCUCGACAUGGAUGGGAAUGCUUUCUCGGGCCGCUUUUAUAGCUUCCUGCAGAGUAGGAGCUUGACGUAUAAGAUGGCUAUUUUUCGCGAGUGGCAUGCGGAGUGGCUGCAGCCGUGGGUGCAUUUUGUGCCGCUUAGUCUGAGGGGGGAUGAGCAUUUGGAUCUUGUGCGGUGGUUUAGUGGGGAUGGAACGGGGGUGGGGGAGGGGGUUGUGCCGAAGAAAAACGCCAAGAAGGCGGAUAAGGGGGGGAAUGGGGUGACGGAGGGGGAGAGGAGGGCGAGGGUUAUUGCUGAGAGGAGUACGGGGUGGCAUGAUAGGGCGUUGCGGAAGGUGGACUUUGAGGCUUGGUUUUUUCGGUUGUUGCUUGAGUAUGGGAGGGUUGUCGAUGAUCAUCGUGAGGAGAUUGGGUAUCCUGGGCCGUGA